AUGGAAGGAGAUAAACCUACUGAAGAAAAGCCUAAGAGUCAAGCUCAAGAUGCACCAAAAGAAGAAAACAUGGUUGAAGGCCCAGACGGCCAAAUGAUGAGCAGGAAGGCUUACAAAAAACUUAUGAAGAAGUUAGAAAAAGAAAAGAGGAAGGAAGAGACCAAGAAGAGAGUUGAAGCUGAGCAAGCUAAGUCUAAGAAGAAAGAAGAUGAAGAUCUCGGAGAAUAUGUUAAGGAUCCAAACGAUCCAUGUGCAGACAAAUUCGGUGAUCUCGAAUUGUGCAGGUCAACUGUCCUUCCAGAAGAAGGAAAGUCUGUAUAUGACAAAUAUAAGAGAGUCAAAAAUAUCACUGAAGAGCUUAAAGAUCAGGUGGUUACUAUCAGAGCGAGGGUACACAGAGUAACAGGAAAGGGUGGUGCUAUCUUUAUCAUCCUCAGAGAAAGCUUCAGCACCCUCCAGGCUUGCCUUUUCCAAAAUGAUGGUGUCAGCUCGGGAAUGUGUGAAUAUGCUAGAAGAAUCCCAAAGGAAUCUCUUGUCAUUAUUACUGGUAUUGUUCAUGUCCCAGAGAAUCCUAUCAAGAAGUGUACCCAACAAGUAGAAAUCCAUAUUCAGGAAAUCUGGAAUCAUCACAAAUCUGUUCCAAGACUACCAAUUAACUUGGAUGAUGCUGCUAAUGUUGUUCUAAACCAAAAACUUGAAGAUGAAGACCACAAGGAAGAAGAAACCAAAGAAGAAAGAGGCAAGAAGAAGACUAUCAUUGUUGGACAAAACACCAGACUGAACAACAGAAUUUUGGAUCUUAGAGUCCCAGCCAACCAAGGUAUCCUCAGGGUUGGAUCCGGAAUCUGCAGAUACUUCAGAGAAUUUCUGCUUGAAAGAGACUUCACUGAAAUUCAUACUCCAAAACUUAUUGGAGGCACAUCUGAAGGAGGAGCAGAGGUAUUCAAGACUGACUACUUCGGUACUGAAGCAUGCCUUGCUCAAUCUCCUCAGCUUUAUAAGCAGAUGGGAGUCACCUGUGAUUUAGAGAGAGUCUUUGAAAUUGGGCCAGUAUUCAGAGCUGAAAAAUCCUUCACUCCAAGACAUCUCUGUGAGUUCACCGGACUUGAUCUCGAAAUGGCUUUCUACGAGCACUAUUUUGAGGUUGUUGAUACUAUUUGCGAGCUCUUUGGUUACAUUUUUGAGAAUCUUAACAAGACUUACAGCAAAGAAAUAGAGGCUGUUAGAACUCAAUAUCCAUUCGAAGACUUCGUCUUCAAGAAGGAAGUACCAAAGUUCAAGUUUGUAGAAGCUUGCGACAUCUUGAAGGAGGCAGGAUAUGAGCAAAACCCCCAUAAGGAUCUCGAAACUGAAAAUGAAGAAGCUCUUGGAAAGAUCGUUAAGGAGAAAUAUGGAACUGACUUCUUUGUUGUCUACAACUACCCAAUCGAAGCUAGACCAUUCUAUACUAUGCUUAACCCUGAUGAUCCUGAGUACACUCACUCAUAUGACUUCUUCAUGAGAGGACAAGAGAUUAUGUCCGGAGCUCAAAGGAUCCACGACCCAGAGAUGCUGACCGAAAGAGCUAUUGCUAAGGAAGUCCCACCAGAGACGAUCCAGGAUUACAUCAACUGCUUCCAGUACGGAGCUUACCCACAUGCUGGAGGUGGUAUCGGUUUAGAAAGAGUCUUGAAGCUUUUCCUUGGAAUCCACAACAUCAGAAAAUGCUCUAUGUUCCCAAGAGAUCCAAAGAGACUGACUCCAUAAUUAUCGAUGAAAUAAUUACACGUCCAAUA